GCGUACUGGAAAAGCGAGCCAAAAAGACAAGUGCACGCUCUCACCGGAAAAGAAACCGAAUUUCAAUCUCCGACUCUCGAAAUUCGUUUCCGAAUCGUCGACGUUUCUUUUUUUCUCCGACAAUCUCGGUGUAAAGUUUCCGAGGCUUCAAUCGCAUCACUCAUCGCUUUCGGGUUCUGAGUGAACUCGGUCGCCAACCGAAAUCCUAUGUUUGUGAAUUUGAGUUGCAUGUCGUGGAUUUUCCAUGGAAGCAGUGAUUGGAGUUGACAGCAAUGAUGAAGGGAGACUUGAGGAGAGGUUCCUUGAGAAAAGUAGCUCUUCUUUGUCUUCACCAAAGCAUAUUGCCAACCCAGUUGUCUACAAGCUUGUUCGGGUUGAGGGUGAUGGAACUUUUGUGCCUGCAACUGAUGAUGAGCUCAUGGAGGUGGAGGGUUUGCUUGAAAAUGAGAAGCAAGAAAUUCCUAUUGUUUCAGACACAGGGCAGAGUUUGGGGGGCAUGCCAAUUGAGAUGUCAUCCUCUAGCUUGUCCCAGUUUGAAAGCUCAGAAGGUUUGCCCCAAUACAAGAAAAUGGGAGCUGGUACUGUGAAAUUGAAUUCACGCCUUGAGUACAUUGAGGAGAUGUUGCAAAAGGUCAAACAGGAAGAGAGGCUCCACUUAGCAUGUCGAUCUCCUAAUCAUUCUUCUGCUAAUGUGAAUGUUGACAGCCAGUCUUCUGAGCAGCACAAUAAAUUGCCUGGUUUUGAUGAGAAGCUUCAAUCUCAAAUUCCCUUGCAGGAUACUACUGAUGCUUCUGUUGCUCAAAGUCUGAGUGAUCAUCAUCUUACUCGAUCUGGGAGUAUUGGGGAGUGCUCAAAACCUUCGGAAGGGCUAAAAGAUGGUGGAUCAUCAAUCUCUGUUGGCUUUACUUGUUCAACACCUGAUUUUUCAAAGUUAAAGGGGGAGGUAUGCUUGGACAAUUUAUCAAUUAGGGAACUUCAUGAAAUUUUUAAAGCAACAUUUGGGCGUGAAACCACUGUGAAGGAUAAGCAGUGGCUUAAAAGAAGGAUUACCAUGGGAUUGACAAAUUCUUGUGAUGUUUCAACCCCAACUUUCAGAAUCAAAGAUAACAAAUUGCUGAAAAAUGCUAAUGAGGGAAGCUUUGAUAAUGUGAAUGAUGCAUCUACCAUGGAUCCAGUUUUUGGAAUGGAAAGCUGCAAAGAUUCGCCUGAUAGCCAUAGCAGUGGAAGAGAAGUGCAUCAAAUUUCUCUUGGUCAGGGAUUGGUAAAUAGUGGCAUGGAAGACAGUUAUGGUGGUGAAGAUCUUCCCAUAGAACAGAGGGCUGGAAGGAGGGUUCGGAAGCCAACAAGGAGAUUUAUUGACGAUUCACCUAUUGUCGAUGGUAGUGAAAGAGAAGUGCAACAAAUUUCUCUUGGCCAGGGAUUGAUAAAUAGUGGCAUGGAAGACAAUUAUGGCAGUGAAGAUCUUACCAUAGAACAGAGGGUUGGAAAAAGGGUUCGGAAGCCAACAAGGAGAUACAUUGAAGAACUAUCAGAAGCAGAGUCGAAAGAAUACAAUGGGAAGUUAAUUGCUUCAGGAAAAAAUUCAGGAAUUGGACCAUUGACCUCAAAAUCUUUUGCUAGGCCUGCAAGAAAUAUUGACUCAGAACAGAGAACGAUCAUCACAAGGAUAGAUUCCCUUGGAGGAUUUGGGGUACAGGUUCCUUGUGUUUAUAGGGUCCGAAGAAGCCGUCCAAGGAAAAACGUUAUGGAUCUCAUGAAAUUCCAUCCUAGUGACAUGGGCAUGACAGCUACACUGCUUAGCCAGGGCCAGGAGGUGCACAGUUUGCAGAUGGACAAUACGAAUGGGGACAAAGUUUUGGAAGUAAGUUCUGCACCAGAGCAGCUUUCACAGCAGCUUGUAGCUGAACCCUAUAAAGAGAGGCAGUGCUCAUCUUUGGAUGUAAUUGAUAGAGGGCAGAAUAUGGAGCAGAAAAAUGCAGAUUCGUUUGAAUAUCCUUCAGAUGAUAAUGUAGCUAGGUUGCCUACAUCUAAAGUUAGAAUUAGAAGGAAACAUCAUCGAGCUUGGACUCUACAUGAGGUCAUGAAGCUGGUUGACGGUGUGUCUAAGUAUGGAGCUGGCAGAUGGUCAGAGAUCAGAAGGCUAGCCUUUGCAUCCUAUUCAUACCGCACUUCUGUUGAUCUUAAGGACAAAUGGCGGAAUCUUCUCAAAGCCAGCUUUUCACAGACACCGGACAAAGGGGUGAAUUCACGAAAGCAUCCUUCCAUGCCCAUUCCACCAACAAUUUUGUUACGCGUGCGGGAGCUUGCUGAGAUGCAGGCGCAGGUCCAACCAAAUCUUAGUACAAGCAAGCUGGUUACAAGUGGUAGAAGUGUGCUUGAGACAAAAUCAGGGUACUUGUGACAUUGUAAAUAACACCUUUAGCUAUCUAAAAAUCGGAAAUAGUAGUUUGCCAAUUUCUACACUGUAUCAGUCAACAUAAAGAUGGUCCUAGUCAACGAUUUGUAUGUAUGGUUUAUUAAAGAAUAAUAUCUAGUUAUCCUGUUGCCUUUGCUCCCAUCUGCUAGGAUCUAUUACAGUGGUCUCCUUUAUUUUCGCUUUGUUUUUGUUUCAUUUGCAAAAGUCAGUUAUACAUGUU